AGGAGGACACGUCCAGCGACGGAUGUGCACGUUGGGGUGCGCGGGCCCUGCGCGGCGGCGGCGGCCGCAACAAAGGGGCGCGCGGCCGCGGCCUGGCGGCGUCUCGGCCGGCCCCGCCGCCGCCGCGCGAGAACCGCUGGGGCGAAAGCGGGGGGAGCGCCGUCCCCGCGCAGCCCCGCGAGGCGGCGGGGGGAGCGCGGGGCUCGCUCCGGAGCGGGGCCGCCUGCCGCUCGCGGGCGCCCCUGACGGCGGACCGGGAGCGCGGGCGGCGUCCCCCCACCGCAGGGCCGCGCCGGCGGCCGCGGGUUCCCGUGGCGGUGGCGAGCGGCGGGCCGGCAGGACUGGGCCGGGCCGGGCCCCGCCGGGAACUCGCCCGCGCCGCGUCCCCGUCCCCGCCGGCGGGUGCACGGAGCAGGCGUGCACCCGGCUGCCGCUGCGGCCGCGGGCACGGCAGGCAGCGCCGCGCCGGUGCGCCGGCCGAGCCGGGAACAGGGCUAGCGUGGCGAGGCACCGAGCGCCGCUCGCAUGGCGGCGGCGGGAGCCGCACCAACAGUGGCAACCCCAGACAUAUCCCUUCCCCCCCCCCGCCCCGCUCCGCUCCCGUUGCCGUGGUGCGAACGGCAGCGUCAGCCCUGCGUGUGCGUGUGCAGGGGUAAUUGCCGUUGCCCCGCGGAGUAAGUAACCCCGUGGCCCUGGGAGUUUCCCCCUGCGCCGGAGGUACUCUGGCCAAGUGCCUGCCCGGCUCCGCUCGCAGGGUAGUAACUUUGUUUCUGUCACCAAUUACACGCCCCUCUGUAUUCAGCAACACUGUUUUCAACCAAUUACUUCUCCUAUAAUUGCUUUUUUGCUUAGUAAGUCUCAACAGAAUUGCAGCAAAAUUGCGCAUCGGUUAACAAAACGGGGGGUGAGAUUGCUGCUACGUUAUUAGCAGUGACUCUUCGGUGUUGCUUAAAAAGAAAGCAGUGUUUUCCCCCAGCUUGCAAAGAACCCUAAAUGGAUCCUGGUGAAAUAGUUGUUUACCCUGCUGCCUUGGGUGCUGCGUUGAUCCCUCAUCCUGGGGCCACAGGCCCAGGCAGCCCAGAAGAAUACAGUGUUUCUUGUUUUUGUUUUCUUUUGUGUAUUUCAACUAUUUAUGCCCUCCCUACCUGGCUCUCUCGACAUCUGAUUACUUAGGACUAGGAAAAAAAUUCUGACUUUCCUCAUUCUUUUUGCAGCCAGAGUACUGCAUGCUGAGGUGCCAGGCCCGUGAAGGUAUUUGCAGGGAGCCAGGUGUUCCCGUACCAUGCUCAACACCCAGCGCCAAGGGUGGAAGUGGCGUACCCGUCAUCUGCUUCCGUUCCGUGCUGAAGGUGGCCCAUCGUAAAGGUUAAUCAUCUGUCAACUAUUUAACAAUAUUCAGAACAUUUCCUGCAUUGUUCAUGGAGUUUUUAAUCAGUAUGUCUGAAACCAUUAAAUAUAAUGACGACGAUCACAAAACUGUGUUCCUGAAAACAUUAAAUGAACAACGUUUGGAAGGAGAAUUUUGUGACAUAGCUAUCGUGGUUGAAGAUGUUAAAUUCAGAGCACAUAGGUGCGUGCUUGCGGCCUGCAGUACCUAUUUCAAAAAGCUUUUCAAAAAACUGGAAGUUGAUAGUUCAUCAGUAAUAGAAAUAGAUUUUCUUCGUUCUGAUAUUUUUGAAGAAGUUCUCAAUUACAUGUAUACUGCAAAGAUUUCUGUUAAGAAAGAGGAUGUAAACCUGAUGAUGUCUUCAGGCCAGAUUCUUGGUAUUCGAUUUCUGGAUAAACUCUGCUCUCAAAAACGGGAUGUGUCUAGUCCUGAAGAAAACACACAGUCCAAGAGCAAGUACUGCCUAAAAAUAAACCGUCCUAUGGGGGAACCUAAUGAUACCCAAGACGAUGAGGUGGAAGAAAUUGGAGAUCACGACGAUAGUCCCUCAGAUGUGACGGUGGAAGGAACUCCCCCAAGUCAGGAAGAUGGAAAAUCACCUACCACUACCCUGCGAGUGCAAGAGGCGAUUCUGAAAGAGCUGGGAAGUGAAGAGGUUCGAAAAGUGAACUGCUACGGCCAGGAAGUAGAGCCUAUGGAAACAACCGAAUCAAAAGACUUGGGAUCUCAGACCCCUCAGGCUUUGACAUUUAAUGAUGGCAUAAGUGAAGUGAAAGAUGAACAGACACCAGGCUGGACCACGGCAGCUGGGGAUAUGAAGUUUGAGUAUUUGCUUUACGGUCACAGGGAACACAUUGUGUGUCAGGCUUGCGGUAAGACCUUUUCUGACGAAGCGCGAUUGAGAAAACAUGAAAAGCUACACACUGCUGAUAGACCGUUUGUUUGUGAAAUGUGUACAAAGGGCUUUACCACGCAAGCUCAUUUGAAAGAGCACCUGAAAAUACACACAGGUUACAAGCCUUACAGUUGCGAGGUAUGUGGAAAGUCUUUUAUUCGUGCACCAGAUCUAAAAAAGCAUGAAAGAGUUCACAGUAAUGAGAGGCCAUUUGCAUGCCAUAUGUGCGAUAAAGCUUUCAAGCACAAGUCCCACCUCAAAGACCAUGAAAGAAGACACCGAGGAGAGAAGCCUUUUGUCUGCAGUUCCUGCACUAAAGCGUUUGCUAAAGCAUCUGAUCUAAAAAGGCAUGAGAACAAUAUGCACAGUGAAAGAAAACAAGUUACUACCGCCAACUCCAUCCAGAGUGAAACAGAACAGUUACAGGCAGCAGCUAUGGCUGCUGAAGCAGAGCAGCAAUUAGAAACCAUAGCUUGUAGUUAAAAACUAAAGCAGAAACUUUAUCAGAAAUCAUGUAAGAAAUUAAAUUGAACAAAAUCUAUUGUUGGGAUACACUUAGACUGAGAAUUAUCUUUUCAAGAAAACGUAUUUUUAGAGGAUUUGGAUGCUACGUAGGAACACACAGCAUCGCUUGUUUAGGUGUUUUAAAACAUUUCAGAGAUGGGUAUUCUUAGAAUAUGAAAUAGUUUUGUUGUCAUUAGCAGUAUGAUGCACUAAUACCUGAUUUAAUUUGAGAAUACAAUCAAGUUCUCUGUAAAACAGGGAUCAUCACCGGCUGAUGUUUUGUUUCAUCCAAUAUGGAAUGCUGCAUACGAUGUAGACAUCAAAAUCAAUGAGUUAUGUUUAAAAACACUGAGAUCUCAGAAAAAUUAACAACUAUGGAAAGGAAAUACUUGUUUUCCGUAGUUUUCAAAGUGUUACACUGCAGUUUUUGAGAAGCAGACGUUGAUUCUCUAAGCUUUUUAAUUCCUCUUUUUUCCACCUAAUGCAGAUGCUAGAGGUUGGUAAACAGAGCGUACAGGGGCAUGGUGAUCAAAACGAAAUUGCUUCUUAUUCCAUUCCCUCAGAUACCCUCUUAUUUUAAUCAAGGCAGCAAGCUUAAUGAAAUACUUGCUUUCCUGAAAAAAACUGCGUUACUCGCAGUGGUCCCGGCUGGCAAAGCAGAUGGGUUGUGGUGUUCACCAGUCCCUUGUGUGGGGAAAAGAGUCUGCCUCCUUUGUUUCUAUGUUCGCCCUUAUGCAGGCACCUGGAGGUGGGACAGAGCCACAAAGAAAAAAGGGCGCAGCAUGGAGGAGGAGUCACAUUCCUUACUGGGACCCAGUAGAAAUUAGUUAAAUCUAAUACAGCCUGAGGCUGUGGUUUUUAUUAUGCGGCUUCGAGUUCACCCAACCUAGCCCAGUUAAGGCAAAGGCGUGUUUCUGGCAGCACGGGAGGAUCAGCUGUGCUGGUGAGUGACCGGGUGUCACUGCCAGGCCUCCGCAGUUGCAGAGCCCAGCCACGGGCUAUCGCACACCUGCCCGCAGUGUUCAGGCUGGGCUUUGUGUCGUGGCUGGUCAUACCAGCUAAUAGGUCCUGUUCAAGUUUAAAAAACUCCGCUUUCUGACACACCACCUCUCAGCAAGAGGGAGAUUUCGGUCAUAAUCGAUCCAGAAUCAGUAUUAACUAAUAGUCUGUUACUUAGAGUUGCCUUUUUUUUUUUUUUUCUAGACAAGCUGGGGUAGAUGCUGCUAAUUUAACUGUUAACCCACAGAGUCAACAAAAUACGUGGUCUUUGGAUUGCAGUCUGCUACGUGUAGUCAACAAGAGAAGACACAAUAACAGUGGUAAUGUAAUCCAAAGGGAUAUCGAGCCUUUAUUUUAAAUUUGUAAAUACUACAAGUGUUGUCAAAACUUCAUUUGAAGUUGGAAUGGUGAAAAAAACGCACUCUUGGGCACGUGGUUGGAUAACAUUGGUCGCUUGCGAUACCUAUAGCAUAUGAAAGUGUUAGAUCAGUUUCUGGUAAGUUACCAUGUGGUAGAUCACAUCUUGCUUUUCUAAAUAGAAACUGAAAAUACCAUUUUUGGAACUGUUAUAUGGAACUUUGAUUAUUUUUGUUGGUUGGUUGGUUGGGUUUUUUUACAGCUUCAUUAGAUUCAUGUACUCGUCAGGUUAAACAGUUAUCUUAAAAUGCCAAUAAUUGUUUGAAAGCUGGUCUGUAAAUAAAACAUGAACUUAAUAUUUUAGAAAAUGUAAACUUUGGACCUUUACCAAUAUAUUUUUUUAAAAUGUUACUUCAUUUUACAUUCAGUAAUAUUAGUUUGUAAACAAACUAUACAUUUUGUAUCUGUGCAACAUCAGAGGAUGUGUAUUCAUUACAUUUUAUUGGUUCUCUUGAGGAACAUGAUAAAUGACCAUUGUUAAAAUGUUUUACUGUAUAUGAUUAUAGAUAUAAAGAUAGUAGGUCCAAAAUGGGAUCUACUUUUUUUUCUAAGUA